AUGGAAGACAAAUACAUAGGCCUCGUGCUUGCUCUCCUUGGUUCAGUUCUUAUUGGAUCCAGUUUUAUUAUCACGAAAAAAGGCCUCAACGACGCAGCAACUGGAGGUAGCUAUGGCGCACAGGCUUCUGACAAUCUUGCAUACUUCAAAAAUCCCAUAUGGUGGCUAGGAAUGGUGACCAUUGCCAACUUUGCUGCGUACACAUUCGCACCUCCAAUAUUGGUCACCCCUCUGGGAGCACUUAGUGUAUUGAUUGGAGCUGUGCUCGCAUCAUUUCUACUGGGUGAAGAAUUAGGACAUUUAGGCCGCAUAGGAUGCACUCUCUGCCUUCUGGGUUCCCUCAUCAUCGUCCUACAUGCACCGGAAGACAAACCCAUCAAUACUGUUGAUGAGAUUUUGCAUUUCGCCAUUCAACCAGGCUUCCUUCUCUAUUGCUUUACAGUUCUGGUUUUCACGUUGUUCAUGAUUUACAUGGCCGUACCAAAGUAUGGCCGCACGAAUCCAAUCGUUUACCUUUCCAUAUGCUCCCUCGUCGGUUCUAUCAGUGUCAUGGCCAUUAAAGGCUUCGGUGUGGCCGUCAAACUCACAUUCGCUGGAAACAAUCAAUUUACGCACCCCAGCACAUACGUCUUCAUGAUCGUUGUUGCGCUUUCCAUCAUUGUACAAAUGAACUAUUUCAACAAGGCUCUCGACACUUUUUCGACCAAUGUUGUCAAUCCCCUCUAUUAUGUCGGCUUUUCGUCGUGCACUAUCGUCGCCUCUCUCAUUCUCUUCCAAGGGUUCAACACUUCGGACGCAUCCAACACUUUCUCUUUACUAUCCGGAUUCAUUGUUACAUUCCUUGGCGUGCAUCUUCUCAAUCUCUCGCGAACCCCUGAACCUCCUCUGGAUCACCUGAACGGACAACCGCAUAGUCAUUCCGCUUUAGAAGGUGGUCUAAUGAACCCUCGACUUAGUUUGCAGGGCCGAAUGUCAAUAGACGGCUGGAACGGCGUUGGAGGGGACCGUGGCAUAGACAUUCACAUGGGUGGCGUUGCUGCUGGACGGCAGGCAGGCAGGCAUGGCCGGCAGAGCUCUUUAUAUAAGGCGCAGUCAACGACGUUGUUCAAUGCUUUUGAAGAGGAAGAAGCGAUGAAUGGAUCACCGUCAUAUCGCCAUCAGCAGCACAAACGACAACCCAGCGCUGACCUCCACCGGCUGCGCGAGGCAGAGGAGUGGGAGGAGGACAAUGACAUGGACGAUGAUGACGACAAGCGCGCACUCCUCAACAAGGGAAAGCGGCGGCAGAACCCCAACGCAUCCAACAUCGCACUUCCGCUCACACGUAGCGGCAGUGGCGGCUCGCGCAGCCAUAGCCAUUCGCCUGUCCCGGAUUCUUCGCUAACGGACGUGCGGAUAACACCAAGGUCAUAG